UCAGCUGUGUCCAAUCACAGCUGAUCAGAUGGCACUGAUGAUCAGUGUGCCCUGAUGAUCAGUGUAGCCCAGCAGUGCCACCUGUCAGUGUCCAUCAGUGCCUUAUGUCAGUGCUCAUUAGUGCCUCGUGCCAGUUCCCAUCAGUGCCACAUAUCAGUGCCUACCAGUGCACAUCAAUGCCACAUAUCAGUGCCCAUCUGAGCUGCCUUUCAGUGUCACCCAUCAGUGCCAGUCAGUGCCACCUAUCAAUGCCAAUCAGUGCCACCUAUCAGUGCCAGUCAGUGCUGCCUAUCAGUGCGCAUCAGUGCCUGUCAGUGCCACCUAACAGUGCCAGUCAGUGCCGCCUAUCAGUGCCAGUCAGUACUGCCUAUUAGUGCCAGUCAGUGCCGCCUAUCAG